AUGGGCAGGGUCCCGCUGGCCUGGUGGCUGGCUCUCUGCUGCUGGGGCUGCUUGGCCCCCAACGGCUCACAGGCUCAGAAGGACCCCUUUGUGAGGAGCCCAGGGAACAUCACUGGUGCCCGGGAACUCACAGGGACCCUUCAGUGUGAGCUUCUGGUUCAUGGGGAGCCCCCUGAGGUGACCUGGCUUCGGAAUGAGCAGACCCUAGAACUGGCAGACAGCACCCAAAUCCAGGUGCCGCUGGGCGAAGACGAGCAGGAUGACUGGAAAGUGGUCAGCAAACUCAGGAUCUUGUCCCUGCAGCUCUCGGACGUGGGAUCGUACCGGUGCGCAGUGGUCCUAGGAGAAAAAACCUUUGUGUCACAGCCCGGCUACAUUGGACUGGAAGGCCUGCCCUACUUCUUGGAGGAACCUGAGGACAGGACUGUUACUGCCAACACCCCCUUCAACCUGAGCUGCCGAGCCCAGGGUCCCCCAGAGCCCGUGAACCUGCUCUGGCUCCAGGAUGCUGUCCCCCUGUCUCUGGCCAUGGGCCACACCCCCCAGCACAUACUUCGUGUUUCAGGCCUGAACAAGACGUCUUCUUUCUCCUGCGAAGCCCAUAAUGCCAAGGGGGUCACCACAUCCCGCACGGCCAUCAUCACAGUGCUUCCCCAGCGGCCCCAUGAUCUCCACUUGGUUUCCAGUCUACCCACAAAGCUGGAAGUGGUUUGGACACCAGGCCUGAGCGGCAUCUAUCCCCUCACCCACUGUACCCUGCAGGCUGUGCUGUCAGAUGAGGGGGUAGGCAUCAGGCUGGGAGAGCCAGAUCCCCCAGAAGAGCCCCUCACCGUGCAAGUAUCUGUCCCUCCUCACCAACUACAGCUGGACAACCUCCGUCCUCACAGUCCUUACCACAUCAGGGUGGCAUGUGCCAGUAGCCAGGGCCCCUCACCCUGGACCCACUGGCUUCCCGUGGAGACGCCUGAAGGAGUGCCUCUGGGGCCCCCUAAGAAUGUUACCGCCAUACGGAAUGGGACCCAAGCCAUCGUGCGUUGGCAGGAGCCAAUGGCACCCCUGCAGGGCACUCUGUUAGGGUACCGGCUAGCCUAUCGAGGCCAGGACACUCCUGAGGUGCUAAUGGACAUAGGACUAAAGCAAGAGGUGACCCUGGAGCUGCGAGAGGACAGGACUGUUCCCAACCUGACAGUAUGUGUGGCAGCAUACACCGCCUCCGGGGAUGGACCCUGGAGCCUCCCCGUGCCCCUAAAGCCUUGGCACCCAGGGCAAAGACAGCCAGUGCACCUGCUGGUGAGUGAACCUCCAGCCCCCUCCUUCUCAUGGCCCUGGUGGUAUGUACUGCUGGGAGCAGUUGUGGCUGCUGCCUGUGUCUUCAUCUUGGCCCUGUUCCUCAUCCACCAGCGGAAGAAGGAGACCCGCUAUGGCGAGGUGUUUGAACCAACAGUGGAGAGGGGCGAGCUGGUGGUCAGGUAUCGCGUUCGCAAGUCCUACAGUCGCCGGACCACUGAAGCCACCUUGAACAGCCUGGGAAUCAGCGAAGAGCUGAAGGAGAAACUGCGGGAUGUGAUGGUGGACCGGCAUAAGGUGGCCCUGGGGAAGACCCUGGGAGAAGGAGAGUUUGGAGCUGUGAUGGAGGGCCAGCUCAACCAGGAUGACUCCAUCCUCAAGGUGGCUGUGAAGACAAUGAAGAUUACCAUCUGUACAAGGUCGGAGCUGGAGGAUUUCCUGAGUGAAGCUGUCUGCAUGAAGGAAUUUGACCACCCAAAUGUCAUGAGGCUCAUCGGCGUCUGUUUCCAGGGUUCCGAACUAGAUGGCUUCCCUGCACCUGUGGUCAUCUUACCUUUCAUGAAACAUGGAGAUCUACACAGCUUCCUUCUCUAUUCUCGACUUGGGGACCAGCCAGUGUUCCUGCCCACUCAGAUGCUGGUGAAGUUUAUGGCAGACAUUGCCAGUGGCAUGGAGUAUUUGAGUACCAAGAGAUUCAUACAUCGGGACCUGGCCGCCAGGAACUGCAUGCUAAAUGAGAAUAUGUCCGUGUGUGUGGCGGACUUUGGGCUCUCCAAGAAGAUCUACAAUGGAGACUACUACCGCCAGGGACGUAUUGCCAAGAUGCCAGUCAAGUGGAUCGCCAUCGAGAGCCUGGCUGACCGUGUCUACACCAGCAAGAGUGAUGUGUGGUCCUUCGGGGUGACAAUGUGGGAAAUUGCCACUCGGGGCCAAACCCCAUAUCCAGGAGUGGAGAACAGUGAGAUUUACGACUACCUGCGUCAAGGAAACCGCCUGAAGCAGCCUGUGGACUGUCUGGAUGGACUGUAUGCCCUGAUGUCUCAGUGCUGGGAGCUAAACCCCCAGGACCGGCCAAGUUUUUCACAGCUACGGGAAGAUCUGGAGAACACACUGAAGACCCUGCCACCUGCCCAGGAGCCUGAUGAAAUCCUCUAUGUCAACAUGGAUGAGGGUGGGAAUCAUGCUGAACCACUUGGAGCUGCUGGAGGAGCUGACCCCCCAACCCAGCCUGAUCCUAAGGAUUCCUGCAGCUGCCUCACCGCGGCUGAGGUCCAUCCUGCUGGGCGCUAUGUCCUCUGCCCUUCUACAGCCCCUGGCCCCACCCUACCUGCUGACAGGGGCUCCCCAACACCACCAGGGCAGGAGGAUGGAGCCUAA